AUGCCCGAACGAUGCGUUGUCUAUGGCUGUAACAACACAGCAAGAUCAGAAAAAGGUGUAUCUUUAUAUCGUAUACCUUACUGCGACGAUAAUCGGCAAGUAGCAAAAGGCAGGCGAAAGAAAUGGUUGGACUUUAUUCGGCGGAAGAGAGACCAAUGGACGCCAAGUUCUGGUUCAGUUGUUUGCUCAAAACACUUCACGGAAGACUGCUUUGAAUACGGUUCCGACACAGACCCACUAUACAAAACCCCUAAGCUUAAACGAGAUGAAAUUGGGAUUACUGCUGUUCCAUCUUUGAUGCCAAAAGCGACAUGUUUGGAUAGUGAACGCAAUGUGCGCCUACAACGCAGAGGAAAGGUAUGAAUAUGUUUCUUGUAUAUUUUCUAGUGUUUUAGUUUGAAUUAAAAUAAAGUUCGAAUCGUGUGUAUUUAGUCAUAUUUCAUGCAUUUGUGUUAAAGUAUUUAUGAUCUUUGAAUCUCUAUAUUUAUAGCUAUCAUUUAUGGAAGAAGGACCUUCGACUAGUAUUAUGGAGGAGCCUCAGGUAUGUUGGAGUUUGAAACAAUGUAUCACAUUUCCUGAAGUGAUGUGUGAUAAUUUAUCAAGGCAAUGUCAGUUGUCGCAUGUUUUUAAACCACAUACAAAUAGAAUAUAUAUAUUAUAUAUAUUAUAGAUAUCAUAUGUGGAAGAACCUUCGACUGGUGGCAAACGUAAGUAUCUAUGUCAGCAGUGGUCGUUUGUAUAUAUACUGCUUGUAAACUCCAUACAAAUAUAAUUAAAAUGUUAAUUAGUGACAAUCUUACAAUAAUUGGUGCUGUUAUAAGUAUAUUUUUUGUGUUUUAGUUUGGCGAACAGUCUGAAGGCAUUCAAUGUGGCAAUUGUGAAUCCUUAUUGAAGAAAAAUAGACAGCUUCGUCUAAAUUGGCUGUCUGCAAAACAUAAGCUUGAAAUUUGCAGAAAUCAAAUGGACUCACAAGUGGAAAGCCAAUUAGGUGAGUUACUUGCAUUUCUUUUUGCCUUACAUAAUUAGGGGGGGGGGCCGAGGGGGUGUCCAGACCAUUGCAGAACAAGUCUGAUUGCCAUUGCCAUAUAUAGAUGUAUUAGUGUUUCAUUCACACCCAGUGGCCAGUUUGAUAAUGGCUACAUACUGUAUAUAUUAACGACAUUUUUUGAUCAUCAGGAAAUGAUUCCCAAGACAUGCCUUCCAGCAAUGAUCCCACACCUGCAAGUACGCCAAUUGUAAGCGAUGAUGAGCAUUCUAGUUCAGAUAUUGGAUUACCUAUAUCAGAUGCUGUUUUUGAUGAAGAAGCACCAAUGGAAUCGACAGAAACAGAGACAGAGGAUGAGACAAAUCCACAGCAUAAAAAGUGAGUGCACAACCCUGAUAAUAUAAUAAAAUGUGUGGGUAGGCUAAGAACGACACCAGUAGUUUGUAAUUACAUAUAUCAGAGGCAACCAACAUAAGCUGUAUGGAUUUACUAAAUAUGUGUUAAUUUUUCAGGGUUUUUAAUGAUUCUAAUUUGCGAAGAGAACCAAAGUUCAUUGUGUUCUUCACCCAGUUGCUUACACUCUUCAAAUUUUGCCAUGCCUGCAAAUUUGACCAUCCAUUAAUUGAUGUUCAAGAGAAUGGUACAAUGGCUGAAGUAACAUCCACAUGUGCUAACCCAAAGUGUGGCAGGACAACCAAGUGGUUCAGUCAGCCGUAUAUGACAGGCACGAAGAUCCCAGCUGGCAAUUUCCUUCUAUCAUUUGCGAUACUUGUUGCUGGAACAUCAGCCACAAAAGUGUUGCGGGUAUUUAAUCAUAUGGGAUUGAAAUGUAUCUCACUUUCAACAUUCUUCAAACAUCAACGUGUGAGUGUUGGUACAUAAUAAAUGUUUAAUAUUAUAAGGGGCCAUUUAAUCACACGAUCCUGGUUUGGAAAUUGCAUAGAUAGGGUACCAUUGAGCACUAUUUUUCUCCCCUUGAUUAGUAAAUUUAUACUUGCAUUUUUAUUCGCAGGAAAAGCUAUUCCCUGGAAUAUUUAUUCACUGGAAAAAAUAUCGAGAGGGAUUGAUUCAAGAACUGAAGAACCAUGGUGACCUAGUGGUAGCUGGUGAUGGAAGGCAUGACAGCAUGGGCCACAGUGCCAAGUACUGUGCCUACACAGUAUUUUGUUGUACAGUGCCAUUUAUUAUUCACUUUGUACUUGUGCAGGUAUGUUACUUAGAAAGUACUGUGGAAAUUGUAGCACAUUAUAGCUGAUCAACUUGGAAGAUACAGUAAUAUGUAAUAACAACUGAAAAGCAUAAUACCACCCAGGGGAAUUUUUAAUGCAUUUAUACAUUAUAUAAAUCCCAUUGUCCCAGAGCACAAAUCCCAUCAUCUCAGUGGCUGUCCUGCUCAAUCUUAAUCCCAUUCCCAUUUUCUAUUGUUUUUUUGCUGAUGAGUCCCAGUGCAUGAAAUCCCAUUUUCCCACCCAAAAAUAAGCAAAUCCCAGUUCCCAUUUUACCCCUUCAGGACCCUCAUUAUAUAUGCAUGUAUUUAUACAGUAUAAUUUAUUUUCCAUUUCUAGAGAAAUGAAGCAGGUAGCAGUACUGCAAUGGAGUAUCAUGGUUUUGUAAGGAGCAUGGAAUAUCUUCUGGGCUGUGGAUUACUGAUUAAGACGUUUGUUUCAGAUCGACAUACAUCAAUUGCAAAGCACAUGAGGGAAAAGCUGGCCAACAUCAAACAAUAUUUUGACAUUUGGCAUUUGAAGAAAAGUAUGUUGCAAAUAAUAAUAAUAUGCAAUAUUUAUUUAUUUAUUCAAUAUCAAAAGUCCAUGUAUUCUUCCAUCUGAAUACAUAAGAGUGUAUCAUGUAAAAUUAGAAUGCUGUUUUUAGGUUUGUAAUCCAAGUGAGUAUAUAUACACUUUAAGACCUGACCAGGAAUGACUGUCAAAAAUGCAGCACAUUUUCCACAUUGCAUUUUUCACAGUCACUCCUGGUCAGGUCUUAAAGUGUAUAUAUACUUAAUUGGAUGAAUGAAUGAACAUAAUUUUUGAUGAGGAUACCAACUUCACAAGUAGUGGUUUACAGAGGGGUCCUCGGGAUUACAAACUUAAACACAGCAUUCUAAUAUUAAUUCCACCAAGUGAAGUGCAAGAGGCCGGAUUAUUGAGGUCCACCUUAUCAUGUAAAAACCCAUGAAAUUUGACUGGCACCAGGACACUGAAUAGAAACUGUACAGAAAUAUAACUUCAUAUAUGGAUGCCUAUGAUUUUGGAGUGAUCAUUCACACCAUGGAUCUAGGCAGUGCGUUAAGCAGAGGCAUUCCCUCCUGAAUGUUUGCCAUUUUGAAUAUACAGGGGGGUGAAUGCCUUUCAUAAGCGCCCUGGCUUAGUCAGCAUUUGAUGACAAAUCAUGGCAUGGCAUGGUUACGGUGCAGUUUAUAUUCUGUAACCAGGAUGCAAGAUAAAAUAACCGGGGUAUGAUAUUGCUCUGAGUGAGUGCACGAGUGAUUGACAAUUUUAUUAACUGGUAAAGAAUAAAAUCAUAUCAAUAAUUAUGGAGAAAUAUGGAGCUUUCUCAUUUUUUGUUUCCUUUGAUGGUACCGGUAUAUAAUUUUUUUUUGCUGUAAUACCAUUCUAUUUUAGAAGUCACAAAAGUCUUGACAAAACUUGCUAAAGUUAGUGGCAACGAAAUAAUCAGUGAGUGGAUUAAGCCAUGUACAAACCACUUAUAUUGGAGUGCCAGAACAACGCAAAGUGGAAAUGGGGAUGUUAUUUGGGCUAAGUUUUCAUCUUUCUUCAGCCAUGUUGUUAAUAAGCACAAAAAUUUGACAAACCUGUUGUUUGAUAAGUGUGCACAUGCAGAUGAGAUUCACCCACGCAAGUGGAUGGAUGAAGGUUGGUAGUGCUAUGUCAAUGUUGUUAUAAUUAGUACAAUAUUCCACAAUUCCUCUAUGCAAUUGCCUGUAAAUCCUUAUCCUUGGGUCAUUGAAAUGACCAACUUCAUGCUCAGAUUUAUGACCAACUUCAUGCUCUUUUUACCUUCCAUACCGGGCUAAAACCAAAAAAUCCCUCUUCCAAUAGUACAAUCUCAUAAUAAGUAAAUUAAUUAAAUAAAAAGCAGAAGCCCUUUGGGGGUAUAAAAAGGAAUAAAAUUGUAUAUUCACAACUUGUAUGCACAUGAAUAGUUUUAAUUGUUCAAUAAAAUAAAUAUCUAUUAAUCAUUUUCAGGUUCCAUUGCUUAUGAGAAAAUGCUUGCAGCUUUAACAAAUAAAAAAUUGAUGAAUGGUAUAAAGAAGGCAUCUCCUAUUGGUCAGACAAGCUGCCUUGAAGGCUUUCACUCUGUACUGAAUCAAUUUUCACCAAAAAUGAUUGGAUACAGCUAUCCAGGAAUGUUCUGCAGGUAUAGUGAUUUUUGCAAUAGCAUGUUUGUAUAUUUAUCACUCUUUAAUUAAACAAUUGUAUUGGAAUAUUUUAGGCAUGCACUUGCUGUUAUUCAUUUUAACAAAAACCUAAAUCGCAAGAACAAAAUGAAGAAUGGGGUUGAACAAGUCCAUGUUGUCUACCCAAAAUUUAAAAAUGGAGAGGCAGUUAUUCGGAAUGUGAAAGUGCAACAAAACUUUGGUAUGUAUAAUGUACUGUAGUUAAUACAAUAUAACAGUGGCAAGACUGACUGGUGUUCCAGGACUAUUAAGUUUGUCAUGCCGAUAAGCUCACAUAUUCUAUCAGAAGUUCUUAGAUCUUUGGUUAGGAAGGAUGACAAAAAUAGUAUAGCAAAAAAAUUUGGGAUACAGAUCUAGCAACCAUUUUUUUACUAAUUUGUAAUUACAUUAUUGCAUUAUUUAUUACAUUGAAGAUUACGUGGAUGAAAUAUAUGACACAAUGGUGGAUGCAAUUGUAAAUAAAAAAUUGGAGAAUGAAGUGAAAGAAAUAAAGAAGGAAACACCACUCCCAAUGAACACAAUGCUUGACAAACAGCCACGCAGUGAAGCUAUAAAAAAGAAACAAUCACGGGAAAGCAUGCCAAUUGUUGAUGUGCCACCAACAAAUCCUGGUAGGUUGUUUAAUUAAAAAAAAAUUGUCAUUACAGCAUUACUUUUCACCUAUCAGUAGCAGCACUAUCCCCUGAUGAGUUAGGCCGAGCAAAAUAAUACAAUAUCCUAAAAGGCUGUUGUAAUUGGUAAAAUCCCUUUAUAUUUUGCUAAACUAGCCCAUCGAUCCAGGGUAAAGUGUUCUUUAUUUUGUUUUUUAUACAUUUAUAGUGCCUGUUGUGGUUGCCUCAAGUAAUACAGUAGUGAACACAACAAGAAGCAAGCCAAAGUGCAAAAUAUGCAAAAGACCAAUGAAAGGUCACAAAAAUGUAGAAGACUGCCCAAAAAAUAGAUAA